AUGCAUCGGGAAAAUCCAUAUUUAACCAAGAAACCUGAUUUCGCCAGAUUGGCUUCCCGCUUUCCCGACUUCGCUCAGUAUGUUACAGUGUCCGAAGAGGGUUUUGCGUCUAUAGACUUCCAAGAUCCCUCGGCCUUACGUUCAUUGACAAAGUGCUUGUUGAAAGAGGAUUGGGACUUGGAUGUGGAUAUACGGGAAGAUAGGUUGUGUCCUACUCUUACCAACAGGCUCGAUUACCUCCUUCAUGUGCUCGACCUGGAACCGUACCUGCCCUCGUCAUCUUCCUCAAAACCACUGCGUGUACUGGACAUAGGUACAGGUGCAACAGCGAUUUAUCCCAUACUACUUCAUCGACUAAGACCCAAUGCCAAAAUAACAGCAACAGAAAUCGACCAAGUAUCACAUGAACAUUCCCUUUCGGUACUCUCGCAAAAUUCCAUCCCAACAUCAUCCAUCAACGUCCUACAUGCAUCAUCCCCCCAACCAAUCUUUUUCCCCAUGAUAGAUGACGAUGUGCAAGAAUGGGAUUUGACGAUAUGCAAUCCACCGUUCUUCGGAUCAGAGGAAGAGAUAAGGGAGGGCCAAGAAGGCAAAGAACUGGCUGCUCAUGCGGCGCCGACAGCUGCCAAUAACGAGCUGAUCACACCGGGCGGAGAAAUAGCUUUUGUGGGCAGGAUGAUAGAAGAGAGUAUGAAGGUCGGGGUGAGAUGUCGGUGGUACACAUCCUUGAUAGGCAAAUAUGCUUCUUUAUCAGCCUUAAUCGAUCUUCUUAGACAGAAUAAGAUCGACAAUUAUCUAUUGAAAAAUAUCAAGCAGUCGAAAACCACCAGAUGGAUAUUGGGUUGGUCGCAUUCGUCAGUCCGUAUACCAGAUAAUAUCGCUAGACCAGAAGAGGUCAUUCCCAACACCUCCUUUUCUCGACUUAUCCCUCAGCCGAACACGUUUACACAUAAGCCUCAGCCGGCUAUACCGAUCGAAGAACUUAGGCAGAAAGUAGUGGAUGUACUCCAAAGUAUCUCUCUGCAAUAUGAGCCAACAGAUGGAGACGAGGAAGGAAACAAGGUCGUUAUAGAACCCAUGAAUAAUACUUGGUCAAGAGCUGUUCGUAGAGCCUUAGCACGUCAGGCUGGACAAUCUGAUGAAAAAGGAGAGGAUGAAAAAGGUAACGAAAGUCAGAAGGAACCUUCAAAACCAUUAUUCAAAGCUAGAAUCCGAUUCAUACCACCCCUAACAGCUAAGGAUUACUCAUCAAUCGCAUUAGACUGGAUAGAAGGUGAAGAUCGAUCAUUGGUAGAGAGUCUAUGGAAGUUCUUGUUGAAUAAAGCGGAAUUGAUAGGCAAGAAGGAACAUGUCGAUUCUGGCUACGGUGGGAGAUUGGGGGAUGGUAUUGAUACGUGGCAUCGAGGUCGAGGUAGAGGAAGGGGAAGGGGAAGGGGUGGUGGUCCAAGGAGGGAGAGGAACGAGGAGGAUAGCUUGAAUGAAGGGAAAAGGUAUGGUCAGAGGCGGAGAUUGGCUUAG